AUGUCCAAGUUUUUCACAUUCUUCUGUUUCAUCAUUUUGGCACUUGGGAAUCUUGCCCAUGUCUCAUCAGCUCAUAAGCUUGGGGUUUUUGAGCUCAAGCAAGAUGAUUUUUCUAUAACGGUUACAAAUUAUGGUGCAAGAAUUGUCUCUGUUAUUUUACCUGACAAGAAUGGGAAAUCAGCUGAUGUUGUUCUUGGUUAUGACACGAUUAAAGGUUACAUGAAUGAUACAAGUUAUAUUGGAGCAAUUGUUGGACGGGUUGCUAACCGCAUUGGUGGUGCUGAGUUUACUCUAAACGGAACCCAUUAUAAGCUUGACGCUAACGAGGGGACCAGCAUGCUUCAUGGUGGGAAGAAGGGAUUUAGCCAAGUUAUUUGGAAGGUGAUAAAACAUGAAAAAAAUGGUCCAUCUCCACAUAUUACCUUAUCCUAUCACAGUGCUGAUGGCGAAGAAGGGUUUCCGGGUGCUGUUGUGGUCUUUGUAACCUAUACGCUUUCUAAACGGUACAAAUUAAGCAUAACAAUGAAGGCAAAGGCUAAAAACAAGGCCACUCCGGUGAGCCUUGCCCAACAUAGCUACUGGAAUCUUGGUGGUCAUGACAGUGGUGAUAUUCUGUCGGAUGAGCUCCAGAUAUUUGCAUCACACAUCACACCUGUGGAUAAAAAGCUAAUCCCGAAUGGUGAAAUCAUAUCAGUUAAGAAGACACCAUAUGAUUUCCUCUCACCACACGUUAUCAGAACCCAGAUAAAAGAACUUCCCAAUGGUUCCAAGGGUUAUGAUAUCAAUUAUGUCCUUAACGGUUACAAGAUGAAAAAGAUGAAGCCAGUAGCUGUAGUUUAUAACAAGAAGUCCGGACGAGUGAUGAAAUUAUCGUCAAAUGCCCCUGGUGUGCAGUUGUACACGGGUAACUACAUUAAAGACGUGAAGGGGAAAGGCGGAUAUGUUUAUCAAGCUCAUGCAGCCUUAUGUUUAGAGACUCAAGGGUUCCCGGACUCAGUGAAUCACCCAAACUUCCCCUCACAGAUUGUUACUCCGGGGAAGCCUUACGAACAUUAUAUGUUAUUCAAAUUUUCAUCCAAGAAAGAUUAG